GCGCGGCAGCACUUUGCCAGGGCGCCCCCGGCCGACGGCGCCGAGGCAGCGGCGAGCGGACCCGCCGAGGCCAUGCUUCUCGACGGGGCGCGGCAGCCGCUGGCCAGAAGGCCGGCAGCCGACGGCGCCGGCGCAGCUGCAAGCUCACCCGCCACGGCGCGCUCCGCCGCCUCCUCGGCGUGCUCGCCCAGCUGCGCGGACAUGGCGACGGCGGCCCUCGGCAAGAUGCGGGGACAAGCCGCCGACGGGACGCGGCUGGCGGCGGUGGGCCGGGAGCUGCUUGUCGGGGGCAUCUGCCACGGAAGUCACUACGAGGAGAAGGAGGCGCUCCGCGAGGCGCAGUUCCAACAGGCGGCCCCCGAGAGGGCGCGCGCGUCCUCCGACGCCCCCCGGAUGCUCAGCGAGACCGGCGCGGGGAUGGUCCCCGCAGGCCACGACGGCGGCUUCGACUGGCUGCGGAGGCAGAACGGACCGGAGGACAGGAGGCGGAGGCAGGAGAUCGCGGCGACGACGCUGGCGGUCUGCGCCGCUGGUGGCUACAGGCUGGACAACAAGUGGGUUGCGCUGAGCUACGUGGACAGGAUGUGCAACAACACGCAGCUUGUGAUGGCUCCCUCGGAGGCCGUCGAGUCCAACGACCCCGGAUCAUUGGCAGGCGAGACGCCGUCCGCCUCAUCGUCGUCAACCAUAUGGCGGACUUACCAGGGGCAGAACGCGGUCGAGAUUGCUAUGGAACGCGCCCGUGCCGGGCUGGACGUGGCUAUCGUCAACGCGGGCUCUGCUUACAGCGUUGGUGGAGGUUUCCUGAAAGGUGGCCGGCACGCGCUGGAGGAGGCGAUCUGCACGCGCUCCACGCUGUUCCGGUCCCUCUCCGUCGCCCAGCAGAGGGCCAAG